AUGAAAAAAAUAUCUAGUGUUACCUCUUCUAUUAACUCCCCUUUACCCAGUAGCUUAGCAAGUGAAUGCAAGAAGGCUGCAAAGAUUUUGAAUAGCUUCAUCGAUCCUGGUCAAGGUCUAGAUAAGGUGAUUCCUGCCAAUAUUUUGGAAAACGCACAAGGAUUAGCCAUCUAUUCUGUAGUCAAAGCUGGUUUUUUGUUUUCCCUUAGAGGUGGUAGUGGUCUUGUGGUUGCGCGCAUGGUCAGCUCCAAGCUCAAUAGCCACUGGUGGAUUAGGUGCUGGAGGACAGAUAGAAUGGACAAAUAUAGAGUGAUGUUAAUUAUUUGUAUAAUAGUUGCUGCUGGACCAUUAGGAAGAAAUGCAGAAGCGUCUGGAUCAGCAAGUUUGAAACAUAUUGCAGCAAUCUAUGCGUAUAGUAAAACUCGUGGUCUUUUUGCUGGAGUAUCACUCGAAGGAUCUGUAGUGGUAACACGUGGGGAUGCAAAUGAAAAGUUGUAUGGACGACGAGUGACUGCCAAGGAACUACUCAAUGGAUCUGUUACACCUCCUCCUGAAGCUGAUGCUCUAUACCGUGCUUUGAAUGCGAAAUUCCACACACUUGGGAAUACUGGAGCUAUGUAUCAACGUGGAUCAGAAGACGACUCAUCACCAACUUACAAAAGUACCAAUAUUUCUGCUCGUGGAUCACUUCGACAACCUCCUCCUGUAAGACAAAUAGCUGGUUAUGGUGCUCCUACAUUACCUCCACCAUCAUCUCCUUAUAGCAAUGGUGGAAACACAAACACCAAUGGAUACAACAACAAUAAUAGUAACAGUUAUGGCAAUGGUGGUUACUCAGUGGCUCCUCCUACCUAUACACCACCCACUCCAAAUGAACAUUCAACAGGACAUACAGAUUUCAAACGACCUCCACCACCACCGCCACCAGCAAGUCGUAAACCAGCACCACCUCGACCAUCUGAACCAACAGCUCGUGCCGUAUAUGCCUUUGUAGGAGAACAAGAAGGGGAUCUUAGUUUUAACGAGAAUGAUAUUAUUACUAUUGUACAAAAAAGUGAUAGUCAAGAUGAUUGGUGGACUGGCAAAAUUGGCUCUAGGCAGGGUGUUUUCCCAGCAAACUAUGUACAAUUGCAAUGA